AGCCGCGGGACGUCUCGCAAGAUGGCGGCGCCCCUGGACAUGGAGCCGUCAGCCCUCAGCUUGGAGCUGCUGCCGACCGACCCGUUGCUGCUCAUCCUCAGCUUCCUCGACUACCGGGAUCUGAUGAGUUGCUGCUAUUUAAGUCGAAGAUUAAAUCAGCUAUCAAGCCACGAUCCGUUGUGGAAAAGACACUGCAAGAAAUACUGGCUUAUUUCAGAAGAGGAAAAAAGUCAACGAAAUCAGAGCUGGAAAGCCAUCUUCAUCAGUACCUACUCUGACCUAGGAAGAUACAUCCGAUGCUAUGCUACAUUGAAAAAAGCCUGGGAUGACCUAGAGAAAUACUUAGGACAGCGGUGUCCUCGGAUGAUUGGUUCUUUGAAAGAGAGUGUGCGGGAGGAAGAUCUAGAUGCUGUGGAAGCACAAAUAGGUUGCAAACUCCCUGAUGACUAUCGAUGUUCAUUUCGUAUUCAUAAUGGACAGAAGCUAGUUGUUCCUGGUUUGAUGGGAAGCAUGGCACUGUCGAACCACUACCGCUCUGAAGACUUGCUGGAUAUCGACACAGCGGCUGGAGGUUUUCAGCAGAGGCUAGGUCUGAAGCAAUGCCUUCCUCUUACUUUUUGCAUUCAUACUGGCCUGAGUCAGUACAUGGCCCUGGAGAGUGUGGAGGGACGAAAUAAAUACGAGAUCUUCUAUCAAUGUCCAGACCAAAUGGCUCGCAAUCCAUCUGCUAUUGAUAUGUUCAUUACAGGUACAUCUUACUUGGAGUGGUUUACAUCCUAUGUAAACAAAGUUGUAACUGGUGGUUAUCCUAUCAUCAGAGACCAGAUUUUCAGGUAUGUGCAUGAUAAAGAAUGUGUUGCUACCACAGGAGAUAUUACUGUUUCUGUGUCCACUUCUUUUCUACCUGAACUCAGUUCUGUACAUCCACCGCAUUAUUUCUUCACUUACAGAAUCAGAAUUGAAAUGUCCAAAGAUGCUCUUCCUGAGAAGGCUUGUCAGCUGGACAGUCGAUACUGGAGAAUAACAAAUGCCAAAGGUGAUGUAGAAGAAGUUCAGGGUCCUGGAGUAGUUGGGGAGUUUCCGAUUAUCAGUCCAGGGAGAGUCUAUGAAUAUACCAGCUGUACUACGUUUUCCACAACAUCUGGAUAUAUGGAGGGGUAUUACACCUUCCAUUGCCUCUACUACAAGGACAAAUUCUUUAACGUCACAAUUCCCAGAUUUCAUAUGGUGUGUCCAACAUUCAAGGUGUCUACAGCACGAAUGGAAACAAAUCAUAACGAAUACGCAGUGGAUGAAGACGAAGAUUCCACAGACACUGAUGAAUAUGAAGAUCGACGUAGAGUGUUGGACAUUCCUGCACCUUCUGGACGCUGCCCACGUCAUACCUGAUGGGAUUUUUUUCAAAACAAAAUAAACUGUUUUCAGAAGCUGAA